GAUCCAUCAUGGGAUCCGGUGGCACUAUUUUUUAAAAAGCACAACCUUAUGGUUUUGGGUCCUCAACUCUGGCACUAUGGCGGUGGAAACCAUUGCACCGGACUGGGAAUUUGACCGUUUUGACGAUGGUUCACAGAAAAUACACACAGAGGUGCAACUGAAAAACUACAGCAAGUUUCUGGAGGAGUACACCUCUCAGCUGAAGGGCAUUGAAGAGGCCCUGGAUGACUCCAUUGGAGAUGUGUGGGAUUUCAAUCUGGACCCCAUCGCUCUGAAGCUUCUUCCUUAUGAGCAGUCGUCUCUAUUGGAAUUAAUUAAAACAGACAACAAGGUUCUAAACAAAGUCAUCACAGUUUAUGCCGCUCUCUGUAGUGAAGUAAAAAAACUCAAGUAUGAGGCAGAAACCAAGUUCUACAAUGGUUUAUUGUAUUAUGGAGAGGGAGUGUCUGAAACCAGUGUUGUUGAAGGGGAGUCUCAGAUUCAGAUGGGCAGAUUUAUUUCAUUCCUACAGGAACUAUCCUGCUUUGUGUCAAGAUGUUAUGAAGUGGUGGUGAGCAUUGUUCACCAACUGGCUGCCCUGUACAACAGCAGCAAGAGUGCAACAAAAAUCAUUGAGUCAUCGGGAGUCCAUUUCCAGAUCGUGUACGAACACCUGGGGGAGUUGUUAGUAGUGUUGCUCACGCUCGACGAGAUCAUGGAUAAUCAUGGAACACUUAAAGAUCACUGGAAGAUGUAUAAAAGGUUGUUAAAGUCUGUACAUCAUAACCCUGGAAAAUUUUCCAUUCCUGAAGAGAAGCUGAAACCAUUUGAGAAGCUCCUGCUGAAGCUGGAGGGACAGCUGCUGGACGGCAUGAUACUGCAGGCCUGUGUGGAACAGAGAUUUGAUGAUCCAGGGGAGGGAGUAGCUGUUGCCAAAAACAGUGCCUUCGCUGAGGAGUUCGCCUUCAACAUUCGCACCAUAUUCACCAACGUUGAGUCCAAAAUUGGCGAGCCUUCAGAAGUUGAUCAGAGAGAUAAAUACGCUGGAGUCUGUGGUCUCUUUGUACUUCACUUUCACAUUUUCAGGAGUGUCGACAAGAAACUCUACAAGGCGCUGCUGGACGUCUGUAAAAAGGUUCCAGCUGUCACUCUGAUAGCAAACAUCGUGUGGUUUCCAGACACCUUCCUCAUCGCGAAGGUCCCGGCUGCAGCUAAACUUAUGGACAAAAAGAGUCUUCAGGCAAUCAGAGCGCAGAGAGAUGCCUACUUGCAGCAAAGAGCUCAGACAUUAAUGAAGGACGUUCAGUCCUACUAUGUGUUUGUAACUUCCUGGAUGAUGAAGAUGGAGUCCAUCCUAUCCAAGGAGCAUAAAAGUGACAAGCUGGCAGAAGACCUGAACAGCAGGUGUAAUGUGUUUGUGCAGGGCAUCCUGUACGCCUACAGUAUCAGCACCAUUAUCAAGACCACCAUGAACAUGUACAUGUCCAUGCAGCGACCCAUGACCAAGACCUCUGUUAAAGCACUUUGUAGAUUAGUUGAACUCCUCAAGGCUGUGGAGCACACAUUUCACAGGCGGUCAAUGGUUGUAGCCGACUCCGUUUCCCACAUCACCCAACAGCUCCAGUCCCAGGCCCUCAAUGCCAUCGGCAUCGCAAAGAAAAGGGUGAUCUCAGAGAAGAAGUACAGUGAGCAGCGGCUGGAUGUGCUGUCGUCUUUGGUGCUGGCAGAAAAUGCUCUGAGCGGACCGAGCACGAAGGAGCGGCGCUUGGUGGUGUCCUUGGCUCUCUGUGUUGGCACUCAGCUGAAAACCUUCAAAGAUGAGGAACUGCUUCCCUUGCAACUUGUGCUGAAGAAGCUGGAUUUGAUUAGUGAGCUAAGUGAAAGAGUCAAGCUGCAGUGCGACUGUAGUUUCCUUUACUGGCAUCGAGCUGUGUUUCCCAUCUAUCUAGACGACGUCUACGACAAUGCUGUAGAUGCAGCACGGAUGCACUACAUGUUUAGUGCACUGAGGGACAGUGUGCCAUCCAUGCUACAUGCCAAACACAUGGAGUCAUGUGACCUGUUGCUGGAGAGCUAUGACAAGGAGAUCAUGGAUGUGUUCAAUGAGCACCUCCUUGACAAGCUGUGCAAGGAGAUUGAGAAGGACCUGCGUCUCUCUGUUCACACCCACUUGAAGCUUGAUGACAGGAACCCUUUUAAAGUCGGCAUGAAGGAUCUGGCCCACUUCUUCUCUGUCAAGCCCAUCCGAUUCUUCAACCGCUUCAUUCACAUCAAAGCCUAUGUGACCCACUACCUGGAUAAAACUUUCUACAACCUGACCACUGUUGCUCUGCAUGACUGGGCCACCUACAGUGAGAUGAGAAACCUCGCUACGCAGCGCUACGCGCUCACAAUGACGGAGGCGCAUCUGCCCAGCCAGACAUUAGAGCAGGGUUUGGAUGUUCUGGAGAUCAUGAGGAACAUUCAUGUUUUCGUGUCCCGCUACCUCUACAACCUCAAUAACCAGAUCUUUAUAGAGAAGGCAAGCAACAACAAGCAUCUGAACACCAUCAACAUCCGCCACAUCGCCAACUCCAUCAGGACACACGGGACCGGCAUUAUGAACACUACUGUCAAUUUCACCUACCAGUUCCUGAGGAAGAAGUUCUACAUCUUCAGUCAGUUUAUGUAUGAUGAACACAUCAAGUCCAGACUCAUAAAGGACAUACGCUUUUUUAGAGAAACAAAGGAUCAGUCUGAUCAGAAGUACCCAUUUGAGCGAGCAGAGAAGUUUAACCGUGGGAUCAGAAAGCUGGGCCUCACUCCUGAUGGACAGAGCUACCUGGAUCAGUUCAGACAGCUCAUCAGCCAGAUCGGUAACGCCAUGGGCUAUGUGCGCAUGAUCCGUUCUGGAGGCCUCCACUGCUGCAGCAGUGCAAUCAGAUUUGUCCCAGACCUGGAAGAUAUCGUCAACUUUGAGGAGCUGGUGAAGGAAGAGGGACUGUCGGAGGAGACCCAGAGAGCUGCCAGCGUCCUGGAUUCAGUGUUGAGUGAUCUGACCAGCAACUCUGCAGAGGGGACAGAGUACUUCAAGAUGCUUGUGACUGUGUUUGCACCUGAGUUUCGAAGUGCAAAGAAUAUGCACCUGAGGAACUUCUACAUGAUUGUACCCCCUCUGACUGUGAAUUUCGUGGAGCAUUCCAUCAGCUGCAAAGAGAAACUCAACAAGAAGAACAAAACUGGUGCUGCGUUCACAGACGACGGCUUUGCAAUGGGUGUGGCAUACAUUUUAAAACUGCUGGACCAGUAUCUGGAGUUUGACUCCCUGCACUGGUUUCAAGCUGUCCGAGAUAAAUACAAGAAAGAGAUGAGUGCGGUGGUGAAGGAGCAGAACGUACAAUCCACAAGCCAGGAUGAAAAGUUGCUUCAAACUAUGAAUCUCACCCAGAAGAGGCUGGAUGUCUACCUACAGGAGUUUGAGCUGCUUUACUUCUCCCUGAGCAGCGCCCGGAUUUUCUUCAGAGCUGACAAAACUGCUGCUGAGGAAACUCAGGAGAAGAAAGAUAAAGAAGAAGCUGCCAAAGCUGGUUCAUCAGAAGGCUCCAACCCCACCGAGCAGGCCUCAAAGUGAGCAUCAGCGGAGAUGAUCUAGCUGAAGAGCUGAAGUAGAAGACUGCAUUGAUCUGUGUGUAUGUGGUUCUGAGAUAAAACUGUAAAAUGCAUAGAAUAAUUGACCAUAAUGCUUUCAUACCCAACAGUCAUAUUCAUAAAGAAAGUGCUACCACAGGAAGUUUCCCAGUGAAACAUCCCACUCCAGCAUCUAAUAACUCAAUUUGAGCUUGUUGGAUUUACAAAAGCGCCUGUGGUUAGUAAAGGUCUGCUGGUGUUGCUAGUAGAGAUCCCUUUUUUUAUCUUUACACUCAAUCUGGAUGGAUUCGCUUACUCUUCUACACUUCAGUUUUUGUGCUCCGCUGAUCGGAGUUAAGCUCAGAAUAUUGUUUUAAUUCACCGACUCCAGGGCUACACAGUUUGAUCUGAGGGCUGCAAUCCUGCAGGUUUUCAAUGUUUACCUGCUCCCUCACACCUGACUCUAAUUAAAUGGAUCCAACAGCCUAUGAAGUCCUGCAGAAUGACUUAUUAAUUUGGGUCAGGUGUGUUGGAGCAGGGAGAUGCAGGACUGCAGAACUGAGUAGCCCUGACCUACUCUGCUGCCUCUGAGCCGGUCCACUAAUUAACCGAUUGGUCAGGUCUUUAAUCAAAGCUCAGUAACGACCAGUGAGAAUGUUUUCAGUAUAUGCUCUUAUAUUUUGUGCCAAACUAUUUCUUUGAUCAUUUUAUAAAAACUCGUUUUGAUCUGAUUUAGUAAUAUUUGCUUACAGUACUAAAUUUAGUUAUUUUUCUGCUGCAGUGUACACGUUUUCUAUUUUUGUGUGAACAGGUGGUUUAUUUGAUGUGACGUUACAGAACAUUUCAUCAGUUUA